AUGGCAAACAUUUUAAAUGCGACAAAAUAUUACAUUGUUAAAAGUUACCCUGGAAACCAAAAUAAUACCCCUAAUUUUACCGUAAUUAUAAGGGCAAGACCGAAAAACCACCAAAGUUUAAUAAUAUUUACCAUUAAUAGUUUUAAAAUCGACGCAGAUUAA